AUGUUUGAGCCGGAGUUCGCUAUGGCUUUAACUUAUUAUCUUGCAGCUCUUGCCGGUGAAACAAUUACCGGAACACAAAAGAGAGCUGAUAGUUGUAUGCAAAAAUAUGAAUGGAAAUUGAGUAAAGCUAAAAGACUUAAUGCUCAAGAAGGAGCUGCGGAUGAUGAAGAUAAUACUCAAUAUUAUGAUAUGAGAUUUAUUCAAGAUGGUGCAUAUAUUGUUUAUCCGGAUGAUUGGAGUGAAACUAGCAAAAGAGGACAAGUUGUUGAAAUUACUACUCCUUAUGCAAAAGAAGAUUUAUUUGAACUUAAAUUUGUUCAAUCCGCUGAUGUCUUAACAAUUACUCACAUGAAUUAUCAAGCUAGGGAAUUGGCUAGAUAUAGUCAUUAUGAUUGGAGAUUAAAUCCAAUAGCAAUACAACCUUGUAUUGCUGCUCCUACAAAUGUAAAGGCAACAUGGACAGGCUCAACAUCUUCCAAUGCUAGAGAUUAUACUUAUCUCGUUACUGCGGUUGAUAAAGAUACUCUUGAAGAAAGUAAAAGGUCUGCUACUGUUACUGCUAAAGGUCAUAGGGAAGCAUAUUGGACAACAUCUGAAUAUUUUACGAUUACUUGGAAUGCCGUUCCUAAUGCUGCUGAAUAUAAUAUUUAUAGAAGUGUGAAUGGUAUAUUCGGUUAUGUUGGAACUGCGGAAGGUACAUCUUUUACGGAUGAUAACAUUGAGCCGGAUUUAAAAGAAGCUGCUCCAAUAUAUCAAAAUCCGUUUAGUAAUAACAACAAUCCUUCUUGUGCAACUUAUUUCCAACAAAGAAAAGUUUAUGCUAAUAGUCUUUAUAAUCCUCAAACUUUUUGGGCAUCACAAUUAGCAACUUCAAAUAACUUUAAUAUUUCAAGACCUCUUAUUGCUUCUGAUGCAAUAACUCAAACUCUUGCGGAUAGAGAAGUAAAUGAAAUUAGACACUUAAUAGGAUUAAACCAUUUAAUCGCAUUAACUUCUAAUACUGAAUAUAGGAUAAAUGGCUCUGAUGGAGUUUUUCAAGCUAAUCCUUCUCCGGUUGCAACUGUUCAAUCAAAUUAUGGAGCUUCUCAUGUUCAACCGAUUAUAUCCGGUAAUAUGAUAAUAUUUGUUCAAUCCGGUGGCUCUGUUCUUCGUGAUUUGGGUUAUGAUUAUCUUACUGAUAGUUAUAAUGGGUCUGAAUUAUCUUUAUUUGCAUCUCAUUUAUUUGAAGGGAAAACAGUUAGAUAUAUGGCUUAUGCAAAAGAGCCUUAUAGAAUUAUUUAUUUGGUUUUCUCUGAUGGUAGUUGUGCAUCAUUGACAUACAAUAAAAAUCAAAAGAUUUGUGGAUGGGCUAGAGAAGUUACUGAUGGAUUUUUUGAAAGUGUUGCUACAAUUCGUGAAGGUUUGGAAGAUGUUGCUUAUUUUGUAAUAAGAAGAUAUAUAAAUCCUACUUAUCAAGGAAGUUUUGAAUUAUUCAAUAGUGAAAAGAAUAGCUCCGGUGCUAUGGUUUAUGAAUAUAGAUGCGGAAAUAAUAAUUAUUAUUCAACUACUCCUUUUGAAUUGGGUGUUGAAGUUUAUUCAGAUAUUUCACUUAAAAAUAAAAUUGGUGUUAUCAAUGUAAUAAAUGAAGAUGAGAAAAAUGUUACAAUUGGCGGAACUCUUAAAAGAUUUAUUGAAAGAACAAAGAGCAGAAUAAUUAAGAAAACUCAACAAGGAUUUUUUGUUGAUUGCGGAAGAAGUGCUUCUUUUAGUGAAGGUCAUAAAGUAAUAUCCGGAUUAACAAAUUUAGCCGGAAAAGAUGUUGUUGCUCUUGCUGAUGGUGGUGUUAUUGAAAAUCUUCAUGUUGGCUCUGAUGGUAGAGUUACUUUACCUUUUGAAGUUAAAGAAUUAACAAUUGGACUUCCUUUUGAAUUUAUUCUUGAAACAUUGAAUAUUGAAGGUGAAAACACACAAGGAUUAAAGAAAAUGAUAAAUAAUGUUUGUGUGAAUAUUGCAAAUUCAAGAGAAGAAUUUUUCAUUGGUGGCUCGGAAGGUUUAUAUGUUCCUACUGAUAGAAGUCUUGAAAGUGUAAAUGAUAGUAAUGCUUUAUUCUCAAGCAUUGUUUCAGCUACUCCAUUCAAUUCUCCUACUCCGGAUGCAACUGUUAUAGUAAUGCAAAAUAAACCAUUACCACUAACAAUACUUUCUUUGAGUGCUACUUUUAGUAUUGAAGAUAUAUCAGAUACUCAAUAG